CCUUUCCAAAAGAACUGCUCCGUAGCCGUGAGCCGCCCUGUGGUGGGAUGCGGAUUCCUGGUUUCCUCUACCAUUCCACUAGCCACCAGUAGUUGCUAUAAAUACGGGUCAAUGGAGUGGUUCUUCUUCACCGCUGGCGAGCCUGUUGCAUGCAACAUCACCAGCGCUCCCCGCACAGGACGGUGAUCCAAAUGUACCGCGGCGGCAGCUCGUACGCCUCCGGUUCGAGGAGUGCGACCAGGAGGCAUGUCGACUACGGGAGGACUUACGUUGCCUGGCCGAAGGGCAGACAUCGGGCCACCGUCGUCUGGCUUCACGGUUUAGGAGACAAUGGCGCAAGCUGGUACCAGCUCCUGGAAACCCUUCCUCUGCCAAACAUCAAGUGGAUAUGUCCUACUGCUCCUACCCGACCUGUGUCUCUUUUUGGUGGAUUUCCAUGCGCAGCAUGGUUCGACAUUGCGGACCCUUCACAGGAUGGUCCUGAUGACGCCGAUGGAUUGGAAGCUUCAGCAGCACAUAUCGCAAAUCUUUUGUCGUCUGAGCCAGCUGAUGUAAAACUUGGAAUCGGUGGGUUCAGUAUGGGUGCCGCGACUGCCUUGUAUUCUGCUUCUUGCUUCGCACAUGGAAGAUACGGAAAUGGAGGCCGAUAUCCCAUAAACCUCAGUGCAGUCGUUGGUCUCAGCGGCUGGCUUCCCUGUUCCAGGAGCUUGAAGACCAAGGUGGAAAGCUCACUGGAAGCUGCAAGGCGAGCUGCCUCCUUGCCACUUUUGCUCUGUCAUGGAACAGGGGAUGGAGUGGUUCCCUAUAAACAGGGAGAAAGGUCUGCGGAGACGUUAAGGAUGUCGGGGUUUCGAAAUCUCAGGUUUGAGGCCUACAAUGGACUCGAGCAUUAUACGAUUCCGGAGGAAAUGGAUGCCGUCUGCAAGUGGAUCACCGCGAGGAUGCAGCUCGAUGGGUCUCGCGCUUGACUCCGGAGAUGCUGUGUUUGUGUUGUGAUCGCAUCGAGGCGUCGAUGGAAGUGCAUCUCAAUAGUAUAUGUAUGCGCUCCGGUACUUUUUCGCGACGACGUGUCCGUAGUGCCUGUGCUGUGCUGUGAGAGCUGCGUAUGUAUUGUGCUAGAUUUGUUUCCCUAUUUAUCUGUCUUCCUAUGAAUGAAUAGUUUGAUUACUUUGGUUGCAUUGUGUGGUAAGAGAGAUGAGUUAUCCUA